AUGGCGGCCCGGCUGGGCCUGGCCGAGCCCGCCCUGCUCAGGUACCGCCGGACCCGCGGGACGCUCCGUUCUCCCGUGCCCGCAGCCGGCUCCGUGCUGUUCCCGCCCAGGGCAGCGAGUCGGGCCGGGCGGGGCCCUCUCUGUUCCCCCGCACUGUGCCCGGCACCGCAGCAGCGCCCGCCGCUCCCCCGGGUAGCCGUGCCCGCCUUGGGUCCGGUGGAUGUGCUGGAAGUGCCGGGGCCGCGGGCGCAGUGGAACAGCCACGGGCGGCCCUGCAGUGCAAAGCUGCUGCUGCUGCUGUGCCCAUCAUCAGAGAAACGGCAGCGCUGCCCCUUCAGCACCCCCGGCCCUAAGGCCGUGCUGCAGCCGGACUGCGGAACCUUGGCUCGAGUCCUGCCGGACAUUCCGCCUCGUAGCUGCGGUUUUGACGAGGGCUUUGUGUUCUGGGUGUUUUGCAGAAAAGCUGAGGAGUAUCUGCGGCUGUCCCAGGUGAAGUGCACGGGGUUAAUGGCUCAAAUGACGGCGACAAGCAGUGCUGUGAUGUGCCUGGACCUGGCGGCGAGUUUCAUGAAACAACCAGUUGACAAAAGCUAUUGUGUUAAACUCUCUGGUUUGAACAAGACCACUUACCAGAGCUCCAUGAAGUCUUUGGAGUGUUUGCUGGAGGUGAACCAAAGGCUGGGGAUGCGAGACUUGGCUGUGCAGUUUUGCUGCUCAGAGGCAGUGAAUAUGGCUUCAGAAAUCCUGCAGAGGUACGAAUGCAGCCUCUCCGAAGCACAGCGAGCAGACCUGGAUUUCUCCAAACCCCUGUUUCUAACAGCUGCUCUGUGCACUGCAUGCAGGUGUUUGAAGCUAAAAGUGGACAAAACUAAAAUGUUGGCUACAUCUGGAGUGAAAAAAGCAAUAUUUGACCGGAUGUGCAAUCAGCUGGGGAAGAUAAGUCAGCAACUCAGCAAAGAUGUUCCACUGGCUGCAGAGACACCUGACAGCUUGCAGAGCGCCCUGGAGCAGUGUGAGCAGGAAGAUGGCUCUGAAGAGGAUGAGGACGUGCCAUGUAAACGGGCAAAGACUGAAACAACUCAGGACUAUGAAGAAUGGAAAAAAAAAAUCCUGGAAAACGCUGCUAAGGCACAAGAGACAAGGAGUACUGACUCUGUAAUGGCACCCAGUAAUGCAACUGCUGCUUGCUCUUAAUUUUAACUCUGCUCUAACAAGAGAUCCAGUAGCAUAUGAGCAAUGGUUGCCUGGCAGACAGCCGAUUUUAUUUAGGUUUUAAGUAUUUAAGGAUAUUAUUUUUAAUAAAUGACACCAUGGACUGAUGGGAUUUUUCAGGAAAUGUGUGUGGCUGCUCACCAGGCUGUGGCAUUAGAAGUAGAAUAGCUUCAUUCUCUUGCUGCAAGAAGCAGGUAACAUUCUAAUGCUACUUUAAGUGUAAAUAAAUUAUCAGGCCCUUGGGCCCAUGGCUGGAAGCAGUCAGUGAAAUAAGAGGAAGGGGACUAACAGUGCCUUGUUAAACUGCAAAGCCAGAAGAGAAAUAAAGCCUUAUUUUUGUAGUUUUUUGGUUUGAUUUUUUUUCAAAUAAAUAUUGUUUAGU